CUUUCCCUUCCCAAAGUUCCCACUUCUUGUUUCCCUCCCACCUUUUGCGACUUCGAACCUUCCCCAACCCCCUCUCUUUUUCUCUUCUUCCCUAUCCUCCACUCCCCCCCGUUUUCGCAUCCCACUAUCGCCAAUCCCUUUUUGGCUUCUUUCUUGUUUCCCCUCCAACCAUCCGUUGUAGGGCGUGUUUGUCUCUUCACGGUCGCAUCUUGCGCGAUCCUUUAUUCAUCAACCAAGCUACCCGUCAUCGGAUUGUCGGGAACCAUACUGUGGACUCCUCCCUCGCUCACUGCCCGUAGGGGGCCGAGCACCCGUCGCUGAUCCUUUUUGUUUUCUGGAUACGGCGCGUCCCCAGGCGUUUUGGUUGCCCGGGACUUCCACCACCACCAAACAGCCACCGCUCUGGGUGGGGUAUUCGUCUUACUGCACUGUCUCUUGUCUUCUUGGAUCUGUUUCUUGCGACACUUAGCUCUUGGUUUGAUUUAUCUCCCCUGCUCUCCCCGCCACCAUGUUCUACUCGGAGACCCUGUUGUCGAAGACCGGGCCACUGGCCCGCGUCUGGUUGUCGGCCAACCUGGAGCGCAAGCUUUCCAAGUCGCACAUCUUACAAUCCGACAUUGAAAGUAGUGUCAGUGCGAUUGUGGACCAAGGCCAAGCCCCCAUGGCUUUGCGAUUGAGCGGUCAACUGCUCCUGGGUGUGGUUCGCAUCUACAGCCGCAAAGCGCGCUAUCUGCUGGAUGACUGCAAUGAGGCCUUGAUGAAGAUCAAAAUGGCCUUUCGUUUGACGAACAACAAUGACUUGACCACUACGGUCGUUGCCCCUGGCGGUAUCACUUUGCCCGAUGUACUGACGGAAUCCGACUUGUUUAUGAAUCUGGAUUCCUCCCUUCUGUUGCCGCAAACCCUCAACCUCGAGCCCGAGGGUAAGCGGCCUGGUUCUUCGAUGGAUUUCGGUAGUCAGCUGCUCCCCGAUACUGGCUUGCGCCGCUCCGCAUCGCAAGAACCUGCGCGCCUCGAGGAUCACACCCUGGUCGACUUGGAUUUGGGAGAAGAUGAAACACCUCUCGGCCAUGACUUCAGCAUGGAAGUGGGUCGAGAUGCCCCGGCUCCCCGCCCCGUGGAGGAAGAUCUUUUCAGCGAUGGGGGCAAAUUCAACGAUGUCGACAACCUGCAACUGGACCUUGGUGAAGAUGAUGCUCCCCUGGAUAAGAUGGAUCUGGGCGACGACGCUCUACCCGAUAACCUUCUGCAAACGGAUGACGCCAUGGACCUCGGCGAUGAUCAUGACGAGCCUGCCCCCAAUGCCGACGAUGAGCUGGAACGCGAGAGUGUCCUGAGCUCCAUGGCGGACGAUGAUCUAAACGACCUUGAAAAGUCUCAAGCGUUCGAAUUAGACGUGAAUGACGUGAAUGACGAAGAUGAUGAGGUUACUGCCAAGCAUGCUCAACCGCCAAAGCGCCGCAAGGUCGUUCUCAUGGCACUGGACAAGGAGACCGACCAAAAGGUCAAGGAUGUCAGAGAACAAUACUUGACGCGCGAGGAGAUCAUGAAGCCCUCUUCAUGGCUGCCCCGGGACCCCGUGCUGCUGACCCUGAUGAACAUGCAGAAGAACGGAGACUUUGUAUCGAAUGUGCUCGGUGCGGGCCGAGGACGUGGCUGGGCUCCCGAAUUGCGUGACUUGCUUUCCUUCGAUACCAUCCGGAAGGCGGGCGAGCUGAAGCGGAAGCGCGACAGUGGAAUCGCCGACAUGGAUGUGGAUGCGGCCACUGCGCCGGCCCUGGAGCUAGGCGAAGAAGAGGCCAUUGUGCCGGUCGAUGAGGGAGUUGGUCUUGACUCGACUCUGCUCCAACGCUCCGAAAUCGAGUUCCCCGGUGACGAGGAGGACCAGGCUCUGCGUCUGAGUGAUGACGAAGGAAUGAACCAACCAUUGGAAGAUGCCGACGACACGGUCGUGGCCGACAGUGGUCCCGUGUCGAUCGGUACGAAGCACGCCGUCCACAUCCUUCGGGAGCGCCUGGGUGAAUCUGCGGCCGAGCAGAAGAAGAGCGUGAAAUUCCAGGAUUUGCUUCCAGAGAAGAAGGCAUCCAAGGCGGACGCCACCAAGAUGUUCUUCGAGGUCCUCGUGCUGGCCACCAAGGACGCUGUACAAGUUGAACAACGACCGGAGACCGUGGGUGGACCUCUCAAGAUCCGUGGCAAGCGAGCCCUCUGGGGCUCGUGGGCUGAGGAAGGGGCCAGCGGGGAGGCAGAGCAGCAGCCCGUUGAGGCCACCGCCUAAAGGACCUGAUGACUCCGGCGUCGUGUUUAUGUACAGUUGCGUUCUCUAUGAAAUUUUGUUUUCGUGUGGGCAGGGUUGCCCCGGGAAUCUCUUGGCUUUUGUACGGGGCGAUUAUCCUGUGUGUAUUCUUUGGAGUUUUAGGGGUCUGGCUUUUAACUUUCUCUUAACUCUCUUCUUCUUCUUCUUUUCUUUAUUCUUCUUCAUUUGUUGGACUUGAAUUUUUUCUUCCGGGACUGAAAAGGCGGCUAUUAUGAUUCUGCUGGAGGGCUGGGAUUGAUGCCCUGUUGAUCGUUGGGCGAAUUGGAUCAUAGGUAGCUUAGUGUAAUAGAAGAACUCGAAUAAACCAGCCCAGCGAUGCGCAUGGGAUGUAUCCCUCAGAUUGUGC